UUGUCGACAGUUAAAUGGUGGGCAUUCGCUUUUUUUUUACCACCGGUGACCUCGGGUGGCAUUUUAUAGACUCAGAGUCCGCAUAUCAACCGGGGAUAAUGAAUCUCUGAGGAGACCUCGCCGCCGGCGUCCGAACCCUAACCGCCACCACUCCACACCAAACCCGAAGAAGAACUAGCUGCGGCGGCAGCAGCAGCAUGGUGCUGAUCCCUCUCGUCCGCGACUACAUCGACCGCAUGCUCCACGACAUCCCAGGGAUGAAGGUCCUCGUGCUCGACCCCCAAAGCGUCGGGAUGGUGAGCGUGGUGUACAGCCAGUCGGAUCUGCUGCGAAAGGAGGUGUUCCUCGUGGAGACGGUCGACAACGCCUCCAGCUCCAGGGAGUCCAUGGCGCACCUCAAGGCUGUCUACUUCCUCCGACCCUCCUCGGACAACGUCCAGAAGCUCCGUAGGCACCUUGCCGCGCCGCGCUUCGCCGAGUACCACCUCUUCUUCUCCAAUAUACUGAAGAUUCCACAGAUUCAGGUGCUCGCCGAUUCUGAUGAGCAGGAGGUUGUGCAGCAAGUUCAGGAGUUUUAUGCUGAUUUUUGUGCCAUUGACCCAUACCAUUUCACUCUCAACAUACAAAAUAACCACAUGUACAUGCUUCCAACUUUGGUCGGUCCUCCUGGUAUUCAGAGCUUCUGUGAUCGAGCUGUUGAUGGCAUUGCUUCUGUCUUUUUGGCCCUUAAGCGCCGCCCUAUUAUUAGAUAUCAAAGGGCAUCAGAUGCUGCAAAAAGGAUUGCACAAGAAACUGCGAGAUUGAUGUAUGAUCAGGAAAGUGGCCUGUUUGACUUUAGACGAACAGAAAACUCUUCCUUGUUGUUGGUGAUUGACAGAAGGGAUGAUCCUGUUACACCUUUACUUAACCAAUGGACGUAUCAGGCAAUGGUUCAUGAGCUUAUUGGAAUCGAGAACAAUAAAGUAGAUCUUAGGGGAUUUACUAAUGUCCCUAAAGACCAGCAGGAGGUGGUUCUAUCAUCAAUCCACGAUGAUUUUUUUAGAGUUAACAUGUUUGAGAAUUUUGGGGACCUUGGUAUGAACAUCAAAAGAAUGGUAGAUGACUUUCAGCAUCUUUCAAAGAGCAGCCUGAAUCUCCAGAGUAUAGGUGAUAUGGCAAAAUUCGUGACCAACUAUCCUGAAUAUCGAAAGGCACAUGGAAAUGUAACGAAACAUGUUGCUUUGGUAAGCGAGAUGAGCAGAAUUGUGGAGGAAAGGAAGCUUAUGCUAGUUUCACAGACAGAACAAGAGCUAGCAUGUACAAGUGGACAAGCAGCCGCCUUUGAGGCUGUCACUUCCUUGCUAAACAAUGAAAGUGUAUCUGAUAUUGAUCGCUUACGACUAGUAAUGCUAUAUGCUUUGCGGUAUGAAAAAGAAAGUCCAGUUCAGUUGAUGCAGCUUUUCAACAAAUUAGCUUCUCGUUCUGCCAAAUACAAGUCUGGGCUUGUUCAAUUCCUCCUUAAGCAAGCUGGUGUUGAUAAGAGAACAUGCGAUUUGUACGGGAACCGUGACCUAUUAAAUAUUGCUCGCAACAUGGCUCGUGGGCUUAAGGGAGUUGAGAAUGUGUACACCCAACACCAGCCUCUUCUCUUCCAAACGAUGGAAGGAAUCAUGAAAGGGCGAUUACGAGAUGCUGACUAUCCACUUGUUGGCAAUCACUUCCAGCAGGGCAGGCCUCAAGAUGUUGUCAUAUUCAUUGUUGGAGGGACAACUUACGAGGAAGCAAGAUCGGUGGCCCUUUUUAACACAGCAAAUCCUGGAGUUCGUUUCUUCCUUGGAGGUUCAGCGGUUCUAAAUUCAAAGAGAUUUCUUGAAGAUUUGGGAGAGGCGCAAAGAAUAUCGAAAUCGAGCACUCUAGUAUGAGCAGAAUGGUGCUAUCUCCUGUUUGAAGUGUUCCAGCGUAUGACAAUUGACAGUGUUGGCUCCACUUUUGCAUAUAAUCAAAUUUGUUUUAAAAUUAGUAACAUAGCUUUAGGUGCGUAGUGCAACACCAUACAAAAUAAGUAGUAGGUGACCAAGGUUUUCUUUUCAUCGUUAUUGUUUUCUUUUUUACAUAGUUUUUGAGCAGAAAAAACAGCAGGCUAGGGUCCUACUGUCGCAUUUUAUUAUGCAUAAAAAAAAACUCCAAGGAAGGGCAGCAGGAAGACAAAAAAAGAGGGACAAAAAUCAUGAAGAAAAAAAGGCUAAUAGAGGGAGACAUUCUGUUCAAAUGAAGGAGAACAUUAUUUACAAAGCAACUCUUCCACGCACUGGAAGAGGAUUGCAAUAUGAAGAUUUUAGCAUUACGUUGCUUUCAGAUUUCUCAAGCAGUAAUGAGAGACUUCCAUGAAGAAAGGGUAGGGGAACUCUCUCCUUGCAUGUCUGAAGCUAGAGAUUCCAAGAGAUGCCACAAAAUGUCCAGCAUUCCAUGCUAAAUGGCCUGCUGAAGAAGAUGUGAUAAGGGGUUUCUUCCAUACUCCUGUUGCAAAGCACGCAAGAAUAGUCAUCUCUUUGCACUCUGAAAUUUUUUCGUCUGAGGAGAUUUCUUGAGUUGAGGCGAUCUUUGAAAAGAAGCCAGGCAAAAUCGAUUUUCAAUAUGCACUUCGACCUCCAAAUCUAGCUAAAUGGAGGGGGCUGAAUUGAUCUAGAGGUUGUAUUGUAAAAUUUCCUGGAAAAAUACUCGGAGUUCCCCUAGUAGUAAUUCCAAGUGUCCCAUUGAUCA